AUGCAAAAACCUAAGCGCUUUCUGCUGUCGGCGGGGCUGAACAAUGGGACCAAUCAGAAACAGCCGCCCCACCAUUCCUCCCGAAGGUAUAAGAGGCCGCAAUGUGGGCGGAUUGUAGCAUUCUCUGUGAAAGUGUCUGUGAUAGAAAAGGGCGGCGGGAAAGGUCGCGCCAAGGCGAAGUCUUGGUCGUCCCGGGCUGGCCUGCAGUUCCCGGUGGGCCGUGUUCACAGGCUCCUGAGAAAGGGUAACUAUGCUGAGCGUGUGGGUGCCGGAGCGCCGGUCUAUCUGGCUGCGGUGCUGGAGUAUCUGACGGCUGAAAUCCUGGAGUUGGCCGGCAACGCGGCCCGGGACAACAAGAAGACCCGCAUCAUCCCCAGGCACCUGCAGCUGGCCGUGCGCAACGACGAAGAGCUCAACAAGCUGCUGGGAGGGGUGACCAUCGCUCAGGGUGGGGUGCUGCCUAAUAUCCAGGCCGUACUCCUGCCUAAGAAAACCGCCGCUGCUGGAUCUGCUAAAAAGUGA